UGCCUGUGGCAUACAAUUUUCUAAAUGACUUCUAAGGGCCAUAUUUCUUCAUUAUAGUGCACAUUAUAGAGCAUUCUAUACUUGUAAUUGUUAACUUUGUAAUGGUUGGGAAGGAAGGAGCAGGACAAAACUAGAAUACCUUCAAGCAUGACACCUGUUUCCUUUCCCCAGGGUUUCUGAUUGCAAGCCUGGCUGCGAGAGUUGCAAUGGAGCAAGGAAGAAAGCUGUUAGUUCCAGCUUCUCAUGGCUUCACCAAGAAGGUAGAGUUUGAAAAGCCUAUUUACAGAUGUCCUAAUGAAACUAAGACUAGUUUAAGAACUUUUCUACACAAUAAUCUGGAUACAGAUAAACUUAAUGAGAGUGCUUAAUGGUCUAAAAGACAUGGUCCGCAGAAUUCUAAGCAUGAUGAUAAUGAAGAAGUACCACUGAUAAUGUUCCAAGGAAAUCAGAUUUGGUGUCACAAUUCCUAUGAAAAUGAAGGUAAGUUAGAGAUUUUGGGAAAUCCUACAAGGAAAGAGAAUGAUAUACUCCAUCUUCAGGAAUGGGAUUCCGUAGAUCACAGCACAUCUUCUGCUCAGCCAAAUUUACCCUUUGGACACAAGCCCUACAAGUGUUUCGAGUGUUGGAAAAGUUUCAGUAAUAGUUCUCAUUUGCGUACUCACGAGAGGACCCAUUCAGGAGAAAAGCCUUAUAAAUGCUCUGAGUGUGGGAAAUGCUUUUCUAACAGUUCUCACCUAACUCAGCAUCUAAGAUCUCACACAGGAGAGAAGCCCUACCAGUGUGCAGAGUGUGGGAAAAGCUUCAGCAAUACUUCCCACCUCAUUAUCCAUGAGAGAACUCAUACAGGAGAGAAACCCUACAAAUGUCCUGACUGUGGGAAGAGUUUCAGUAGCAGCUCCCACCUUAUUCAGCAUCACAGAUCACAUACAGGUGAAAAGCCGUAUGAGUGUCCUGUUUGUGGAAAAGGCUUCAGCCACAGCUAUGUCCUCAUAGAACACCAAAGGACUCACACUGGAGAGAAACCCUACAGAUGCCCAGAUUGUGGAAAGAGUUUUACUCAGAGUUCCAGCCUGAUUCGUCACCAGCGGACACACACAGGUGAGAAGCCCUACAAAUGUCUUGAGUGUGGAAAAAACUUUGGUUGUAAUUCUACUCUAACAAAGCAUCAAAGAAUACAUACAGGAGAAAAACCUUAUCAGUGUCCAGAGUGUGGGAAGGAUUUUAGUCGAAGUUCAAGCCUUCUUUCACACCAGAAAACACACACAGGAGAAAAAUCUGAUGGGAAAUUUGAAUGUGAAGAAAGCGUGCUUCAGAGAUGCAGUGUGAUAGAAAAAUGCAUAGUCCCACCAGAAGAGAAACCAUAUAAAUGUUGUGAAUGUGGAAAGAGUUUUGGCCUUAGCUCCCAUCUCAUUAGACAUCAGAGAACACAUACUGGGGAAAAGCCUUAUCGAUGUUCUGAGUGCUGGAAAACAUUCAGUCAGAGCUCUACUCUAAUGAUUCACCAGAGGACACACACGGGAGAGAAGCCUUAUAAAUGUCCUGAUUGUGGUGAGCACUUCAGUCAGAGCUUUAACCUUAUCAGGCACCGGAGGACCCACAUAGGAGAAAAACCUUACAAAUGUGUCAACUGUGAGAAAUGCUUCAGCAGAAGUGCUUACCUCAGUCAGCAUCAGAAAAGUCACAUCAAAAAGUCUUUUGAAUCUUCAGAAGUGAGAAGUUUUCCCCAUGAGUGGACAUGGAAAACGUGCUCAGGGGAGAUGGUCCUCAUCCCUUCCUCACUCUCAAAUUCAUCUUCCUGAGUCCCAGAGGCCUGGUGGUCCCCCAACCCCACCCCGCCCCCACUGCUACCCAUGGUGCCCUGAGGUUUCAGUGGGUAUAUUGGUUAAGGAAGAAUCAGAUGUCUAAGGUCUGGGAUCUAUCCAGUAAGAGACACCAUCAAGGAUGAAGAAAAAGAUCGUUGUUGUGAUUGUUUUAAAGCAAGAUAUAAAAGGCUCCAAGUAAAAAUUCAGAUAAUAACCCAAGGGUAAAGAAGUGGGCUCAUAAGAACAUUAUCUAGACCAGAAACCAGAACUGGGGAGGAGGGGGCCUAGAAUCUUGAGUUCUGUUCUUAAUUUUUGUGUGUGAUAGUACUGUGAUUUGAACCCAAGACUUCUCUAACUUGAGGCAGGUGCUCUGCCACUCCCCAGCUUGUUUUUAAAUUUUGAUAAUCUUUCUUCCCUCAGGGUUUUCAUUAUGUAAUUCCUAGUCUAGUCUGAUCAGAGAAUGGGUUUGUUUCCUAAUUGACCCACUAAUUCUGAAUCAGUGGUCAGAGACCAUUUGCCUUUGACCUUGAGAUUCCUUAGCUUCUGUUUGGUCACCUCUUGAUGUAUUUGGUCUAUGGAUCUGAUAACUGAGACCUCAUAGUCUGUUCUGUGGGAGUCUUGCUUUGGGACAUACUAGUGCAAAAAGUAGAUGAAGAGAAAGUUCAGGACUCCUUUGAGGUGCUCAGGAUUUCAACGCAUUGUUGGGUUUGACAUACAUUGUGUGAAGAUUAUGUAGAGAUGGAUAUUAGGCACGUGAAACCAGACAGGGCCAACUCUGCUGUGAAGGGUGUAGUUGGUGAGGAAUCUGGUGACAGGAGGCUUUAUGAUUGUGGUAUUGAUGAAACAAUUGCAUCUUUUUUUUUUUUUU